UGCUCAACGUGCCACACAAACAGCUCCUAAGAGAUUCUAGACUUUCUAUAAGAGUAAAAACAAACCAACAAAAUUCAAGCUUUCAUUUUUUCUGGAUUGUACUUUGAGAAAAUAAAUAAAAUUAAAAAAAAUGGAGGGUGAGGCUGAGAUUGAUCGGCUUCCAAUAGACCUGUUGGCUCAUAUCUUUGCGAUGAUCACUUCCUUCACUGAUUUGGCCCAGGCAAGCAGUGUUUGUCGGAAAUGGAAGAAAGGGGUGAAGCAGUCUUUGGGUCGAAGAGAGAAUUUGAGCUUUGCCGGUUGGAAGAUGGAUGAUGACUCCACAGCUCGUCUUGUUCGCCAUGCUUAUAGCCUCAAAGAGCUUGACAUUUCAAGGAGCCGUUGGGGGUGCCAAAUCUCUGACAAUGGACUUUACCAGAUAUCUUUGGCAAAGUGUGUCAGCAAUUUAACCUCCAUUUCCCUUUGGGGUAUGACUGGGAUCACAGAUAAAGGUGUUCUUCAACUGAUAUCAAGAGCAAAGUCCUUGCGGCACCUGAACAUUGGUGGUACAUUUAUCACUGAUGAAUCUCUGUAUGCCAUUGCAGAUGGCUGUCCACAAUUAAAGAGUAUUGUUCUUUGGAGCUGCCGCCAUGUAAGUGAAAAUGGCUUGCUUGUUCUUGUAAAUAAAUGUCGGAAGCUUAAGAUGAUCAAUGUAUGGGGGACAAGAGUUCCUGUGGACUGCUUCAUUGUUUUGCUUACCAUUAGACCAGCUCUUCAGAUAAAGACCAGAAGUCUCCUCUUAACUGUUGGAAAUGCUUCCGUCCAGGCUCUUCUAUAAGUUAUCCAUUCUUGUCAUUGGUUCUUUAAUUGUUUUAUAUUUACACAUGGGUCCUUCUGUUUUAUAUACAAAUGGGCUCGUCUAUCCUUGUAUUUCAACCAAUAAUGUAAACGUAAAUUAUGAGGGCUCAUAUUGAAGCUCUGGCUCUGUAUAUACAGUUCACAUCCAUUUGUAUUCUUUUGUGAAGCUAUGAAUGAAGAUACCAUUAAAGUAAAACUAAAA